UCUUCGCUUGCAAAGAAGUACAAAACCUUAAAACCAACAAAAUGUUCAAAUUGUUCGCUGUCUGCUUCUUGGCUCUCUUCGCUGUUGUCUUUGGUGCUGCUAAACCCGGCCUUUUGGCUGCCCCAUUGGCUUACUCCGCUCCUUUAGCCGCUGCCCCAGUUGCUGCUGCCUAUGCCGCUCCAGUCGCCGCUGCUUACUCCGCUCCCCUCGCCUACACCGCAGGAUAUGCUGGUUACGUCGCACCCUACGCCAGCAGCUACUCCGCUCACUCGAUUGCCCACUCCGCCGCUUUCCCAGCUGCCUAUGCCGCCGCACCAGUUGUCGCCGCUCCAGCACCAGUGCUUGCUGCUGCCCCAGCUGUUGCUGUGUUGAAGAAAUAGAUUUGAAACAAAACAUUUUUAAUUUUGGAAACUGUGAUGAUCUUAGCUAAUAUGAAAAAAAUAUAUAAAAUAAAUCUUAAAAUCUGAAAAUAA